CAUUAUAACCUCAAUUUCAUUUUGGUCGGCGUGGUUAUAGAUUGCAAAGCAAAAAUAUGGCGGCGAUCAUGACCAAACGCAAGCGGCAAGAAAAGAUAGAGCAUUACCAAAGAAAAUUGAGAAAGUAUAGUGGUUUAAGGUUUUCAUCGUCUUCAUCAGAUGAAAACUCAGGUAAGUACGAGGAGUUCCUCGAGCCAGAAGUCCUAGUUAUUCCGGAUGCUCCCGACGAUAGCCAAGGCGCGGAUGCGCCUUACAAUGAGGAAGUUCCAGAGGCUGCACCGGCAGACGGGUCUCCGGCACCCGACGCGCCCGACGUAGCCCCAGUCCCCGAGAGUGCUGAAAUACCUGAUCUGGACCCAGAACUCGUCACUGCACUUGGCGAAGCGACAGAUGACAAACCCAAAUUCGGAGACAAGAUUCACGGAAAUUUGGCAUCCCUCUGGCUACCGCUACUGCGGAAAGGCUUGCCCUCAGAGGCAAAAGAAAAAUUAAAGAAUGAAUACCUCAUUCCAGAAAACUGUACCCUGUUACAGGCACCGAAGUUAAACCCGGAAAUCUCCGCAGCCAUUUCAGAGAUGGCUCGCAACAGGGAUAAGAAGUUGGAGGCCAGCCAGCAACAGCUUGGCCUAGGAAUUACAGCUGUGAAUCGAGCCCUAUCGAUCCUACUCACAUCCAACGACAAAGUCACAGCCAUAAAGCUGUUAAGUGACAGUUGUCGGAUCCUGUCUGACCUGCAUUUUGGGGAGACCAAAACCCGCAUAAAACUGAUAACCCCAGGGCUAGCCAAACCUUUCCUGAACAUCAUCCAAGAUGAGGAAAGGGAUGAGCUACUAUUUGGAAACAAGCUUCCAGAGAAAAUCAAAGCUUCAAAAGCUAUUGAAAAACAGGGGUUGCAGAUCAAGAAAGCUGUACCUGCCGUUAAAAAUACACCAGCCUCCUCAAGCUCGACUCCUAAUGUCCCACGCAGUCAGUACCAGUUUCAGGGAAACUGGGCAGGACCUACACGGUACCAGUCAAACAGGGGGGGGCGGGGAGGACAGAGGAAAGCUACAGCGGGCCGCAAACCAGCGCCGAAUCCCCAAGCCAAGCCGGCGGGUCAGGGCAAGACUCGUGUUGCCCCUCAGCAAUGA